CUAGACCCUUACCUGCUCUCCUCCAGUAGUCCUACGGUAGCUAACAUUAUCACUUCUGUUUCUUCUACGUCUCCAGAAUGGCCACAUGAGCCAGACGGACUGAAGCGUGUCAACAAGUAGAGGCAUUGCUGCUAAAUCUUAAGAUGAAAAACUUUUGUCUUUUCCUUCUUUUGUCCAUGUUGAAUCUGGAAGAAGGUCUCGCUGGGCAGGACGAGGGGUCGAAUGUAGUGAAUGCACUGCCGCACAACGAAGUAUUCCAAAAAUUAUUCAAGUUGCUUGAGGGGUGUGGCCUCGAUGAGCAGGCCGGCCUGAGGAAGGUCUACCUUAAAGGCACUGCAACAUGUAAUGACGGAUCACCUGCAGGGUAUUAUAUAAGGCGGUCUUCAGGUAGCAAGCGAUGGAUUGUUUUUCUAGAAGGUGGAUGGUACUGCUACGACAAAAGGAGCUGCAACACUCGAUGGCAUAGAAUGCAGCAUUUAAUGUCUUCAAAAAAAUGGCAGGCUGUUAAAAAUGUUGGAGGAAUUCUUUCGACAAAAGCUGAAGAAAAUCCAUACUGGUGGAACGCAAAUCAUGUAUUUGUCCCGUAUUGCACAAGUGAUUCCUGGAGUGGACGAAGAGCUGUUCCUGUGCUUGAUACGCCAUUUACAUUCAUGGGUGCAGCAAUUGUAGAACAAGUGAUCUCAGAAUUGCUUCCUCUUGGAUUACAAAAUGCGAAUUCACUGUUGCUUGCUGGAAGCAGUGCUGGCGGUGCUGGAGUUAUGCUGAACCUUGAACAUGUCCAAACACUACUUUAUCCAUAUCCCAACAUCAUCGUGAGAGGAAUAACUGACUCGGGAUGGUUCCUGGACCGAGCACCUUACUCGCAUUACUCAGAAUCUCUUGCAUCAGUGGAAGCGAUCAAGAAAGGGUUGAACCUCUGGGAUGGGCAGAUGCCUAAAACUUGCAAGGCAAAAUACAAACACGAACCUUGGAGGUGUUUCUUUGGAUAUCGUCUUUAUCCAACCUUACUCACGCCAUUAUUUGUUUUUCAAUGGCUUUUUGAUGAAGCUCAAAUGACAGCUGAUAAUGUCGGAGCACCAAUGACCAAACAACAAUGGGAUUAUGUACAUAAAAUGGGAGACAGUCUGAGGACAAGUUUCAGAAAUGUGACGUCAGUUUUUGCUCCAUCUUGUAUCUCACAUUCAAUAUUAACCAAGCGGGAUUGGCACCUCCUGAAAAUAGAUGAUGUCAGCCUUCCACAAGCCCUUAGGUGUUGGGAGAUUAACACCAAUUUCAAAAACAACGGUAUAUCUCCAGUUCGUGGACUUAGAAGAAAGAAUGGAGGAGGAAAAGGAAACCAUUUGUCCAACAGUACCCACAUGGUAGGUCAACACAAAAAGAAAAGGAGGAAAAAUGGGCUGAAAAUUCGAACAAAGAAAAAUAAACGAGGAGGUGCUCGCAGAAACGGUCAGAAAUUUGGCCUUCACAAUGAUUCCUGUAAAAUGAGAUUGAUCGAGCGUUGCUCUUGGCCUCAGUGCAAUCACUCUUGCCCAAAACUCCACAAUCCAUUCACUGGUGAAGAAAUGGAUUUCAUUGAGCUGCUCAAAUCAUUUGGUCUGGACAUGACGAGCGUUGCAAAUGCUCUUGGCAUCGACAUCCAUACUCUGAACAAUAUGGACCAAGAAGAGCUCCUUAACUUGCUCACCCAGCAGGCGAAAUGUAUGAGGCCCUCUCGGCCGAUCGGCCAGUACAAAUGCAGGCGUAAAGGAGACAAGAUGUGGUACUUCCUGGUUUUUCCACUUUUCCAAUAUGUUAACGGGCAUGAACAAUUGGUUGGAAUCAGCCCGUUGUACUUAACAGUUUCAUCGCUCCUCAGAGAUACUAAUCAGGGUACGAAGCUCAUUGAACGAGAACUCCAGAUAAAUUGGGAAUCAGAUGCCUUUGACGCUAUAGCUGUAUACAGGGAAAAUCCGAAUGUCGAACCUUCAGAUAAGAUUUUUCAGAUAAGCACUUUAGGCAUUUCUGAUGGCCUGGUUGAAACAAACGUGACUUUGGGAAAACCAGUGUUCCCCAAUGGAUGGGAUAUGAAUUCUGACUCUCCACCAAUCCCAGGUGACCACUGUCUGCCGUUUUGGGUCGUUGGAUUUAAACAACAUAAGAUUAUCACUGCUGACUGCAUUAAAAUAAGACCUACAUGGAUGCAGGACAAUAGGCUGGUGAUUAGAAAUCUACCAAUUACAUCAUUAUUUAUUCCUGGUACGCAUAAUUCAGGCUGUUAUAAACGAGGAAGUCUCUUCAGUCAAAGAAGGGAUACAACUGGAAAAUAUAUUUUGACACAAGAUCAAAGCAUCUGGAAUCAACUGGUCUAUGGCAUUAGGUACUUAGAUUUUAGGAUUGGGUACUAUCCCGUUAAAAAUGCAACUUCAGAAACUUCGGACAACUGCUUCUGGAUCAAUCAUGAUUUGAUAAAAGUCAGACACAUGACACCGAUUCUCAGAGAAUUAAAGGGAUUCCUUGCGAAGGCAAAGGAUGAAAUAGUCAUAUUGGAUCUCCACCGUUUUCCAAUUGGCUUCAACAACAGGCCGCAAAGACAUGAGCAACUUGUUAAGUAUUUAGAACGUGAGCUCAAACCUAUUGCCAUUCCAUUCAAAAGUCCAUCAGUAACACUAGAUGAAAUAUGGGAAGGAGAGCAGAGGUUGAUUAUCUCGUAUGGAGAAAAAGAAGUUCAAAAAAAACAUAAUUGGCUGUGGCCUCCAAUAAGGCAACUCUGGGGCAAUAAGCAAACUGUUGAAAAAUUAUAUAACUUUCUCGACAACAUCAUGACAAACGACUCUGUAAGAAUUCCAAGCAAGGGUAUGUGGGCUGCGAUGGCCCAACUCACACCCGGUCCGCUGGAUUUACUAUUCAAUCCAAAAGGGAGCCUUAGAGAAAUGGCCCAUCUUGUAAAUCCUAGUUUAUCGAAGUGGUGCAGGAAAAAAUGGUGGAAUAUGGCCAAUAUCGUCACCAGCGAUUUCUUUUUAGAAACUGACAUCAUUAACACCGCUAUCGCUGCUAACGUCCAACAGGGAAGUGGUCCUCAGGAAUACACGACAUUUUAAAGUACUGACAUCUAAGACAUCUUACGGUCUUGUGUCUAAUUUUGAAAAUAUCAAAAUGCCUGUCAUUUUUUAAUGGGUGUUUAAAGAAAUUACCUGAAGAAUA